AAAAGAUCAAGAUGGGUGAAAAUAAAGAUGAACCACCGUCCUACAAGGACUCCGUUACAAGUUAUGUUCCACCACCUGCCUACUCUGAGAGAGCUAAUAUUGAUGGUCAGAGUAAUUCAAGUGUGACUAACAAUAGAUCAAAUGCCAAUGUCUCCUCAAGCCAAAAUGCUCAAGAUAUUUCUGCGUCCUUCCAUUCUGACACAGAUUUAUCUGACUUUAAUAAUACUGUUGAUUCAUUUGAUUUUCAGCAACUAGAUGAUGUUUUAAAUGGAGUUGAUUUGAGUUCAGAUGUGAGACCAGGUUGAAACUUGAUAUUACAGCUUAAUGGAAGCGUACUUCGUCUAUCUGACUCUAUAGCGCCAAGUUAUUUCAAGGAAGAUGACUCACAUAUUAUAGUGACGCCAUUAAUCUCUUACAGCUAGCUAGUUGAUCUCAGGUUGGUAUUCAUUUGUUCAUUUCUUUGAAUUUCAAAAACUUUUGCUAUGAAAACACACAACUAUCGUCGGUGAUCUUGGAGAUAGAAAUAUAGCAGUCCAUUAUAUCAUAUUUAGUACAGCAACUUAUU